UUUGCAGACUGAAUUGCUGCCUUUUGUACUUAUUUCGUAAACGCAUCGCACAGGCACUUUUUAAGCGUCUAAUGGGAUACUCAAGAUAGAUUCACCGUUGAAUUUCAGAGCGCCAACUGUCUGAGAAGAGUAUUAUUGUCUGUUAACAGAUGAAGUGAUCUUGUACAGUUUUGUGGCCAUGAAAAGGAUUUUUUAGUGCACAGCGACUUUAAAUCACUCGUUGAGCACCUCUAUAGGCUGGUAAAUGGAUAACUAGGAUUUAAGGAAUGCAACAUUACGAGUGGUUUUUAAAAGAAGUAACUUGCAUUGGGAAUUAUCUAACGCCAUUUGAAAAAAUACGCUACUGUUGACGUGACUUCUCGAGAAUUUUGUCAAAAACGCAUGAUGUCUACGGGGCUGGAGAAAGUGGAUGCCAUAGAAGAUAUAUUAAAAGCUGGCGACUUAAUGAAAUCUUUCGGUCUUUCGACAACAGGCUUACGUUCAAUAGAUGAGAUGAAGAGCAAACUUCGUGAGCAUUUAAAAGAGUUGGAAGAGACUUCGUCGCGAAAGAUUGGAGAGGUAUGUGAUCACAAUGACACUUUUUAGUACAGACAUCACAGAUAUUUGUGCAGAAUAUGGUAAAUUAUCCGACUAUAUGUAAAUCUAAGCUGUCGGAGUACACGUUGUUUCGCUUGUUUUGCUGCUUUAAAGCAAAUCUAUCCAUUUUUAUUCUUGCGUAAUAUUAUGAAUGGUUUAAGACCAUAAUGAGGUAAAAUUCAAUUUUAAAAUAUCAACACUGACCACAACUCACGGAAGUCUUAACGGAAAACCGUAGCUUCUGCAAGGAAUCAUUACAAUCAUUCACCAAUAAUUAUAAUUCGAAAUUAUAUUUAGCUUUGUACUCCUUGAAGUCUUUGUGAACUGCUAGAUAGCGAGAUAAAUUCAUAAAACAUUGCCAUGAAAUGCGUGAUCAAGAAUGAGGCAACGCAGGAAUCUAUCGAUACCGCUAUACAUAGUGCAUGUUGCGUUUGGUUCUCCUAACUGUAGAUCGAUAGCUUUAUUUUCAUUUUUAUUCAACAAUUAAAACCUAUUGGCUUGUAACAAUAGUACCGAUUUCAGUCCUUUUUUAAAGCUCCGAGGUCUUCGUAUCCUCGAUCGAAAAGAAUUUUCAUCAACUGCAAAAUUUGCUGAUCGAAAAGGGCAUCCCCUCUCCCCUUAAGAGUUUUGUCCAUAAAUAAUAAUUUUUUUUCAAACUUAUCACCGUGGAUUGAGAACGUGGUCGAAGUAAUAUUUUCACCCGGAAUUUAUACAGACUGCACAAUCGUUUUAUUUAUGCAUUCCAUAGAACAUUUAGAAGAAUCGCUUGCGAGUUAAGGGGGCCUGGUGCUUACUCGCAGAGAGGUAGCCCGGCUAGUUCAAUACAUAAAGAGUGACUUCUGUUUAAGUCGUUAAACAUCAGCUAAGUAUAUGCAAUAGGUUUCUCGAAAAAAAAACCUCAUCAAACAUGCCAUAUUUAGCGCUGAUUUACAACACUGAAACUCUCGAGGUGUUCAAAAUUAGCAGUGUUAUUAGUCGUGAACCCAGGCGGCCUCCUAUGGGAAAAAAUAGUUUAGCAGCGUUAUUUGUGUUCACUUGGAUCAAAUGUGUUAAGUGCUAACUAACUUUAACAAUUUUGAUUAAGAUCUUUUUACUUGCAGACACACGUAGUUAUCUCCGAUGCUGGUAAAUCGGAUGCUGACAAACGCAGAAAGUUACUCGAUCUUUACAGAAGAACUGAGCAGUUUAUGGGUCAGUUUGAGGAGGAUUUUUUGGAAAUAUUUCAAAAAAGCUUCGAAGACCUAAACAAAUCUUUGCAAGAGAGAAAGCAGAAUGUUGAACCAAGUGAUCAGUAUGUUGUUCUUGUUGCAGGUAUGUUUUGCUGUCAUCAGUAAAAGAGACAUCAGUUUCGUCAUGAUUAUAACUACUUUGUUCGCUUAGACUUGGGAUGCAGUCGCAAUCGUUAUGGACGAGCUAUCAUCUCGAGAAGCUACGAAAAAACGCCAUCAGCAUCUUAAUUCACUUUCCUUUGCAUUACUGUCAUCGUUAACAGACAAUAAUAUUUAUUCUAAAUUGUUAUAUAUUUCUCUGCAAGAGAGGGCAAUAUCCAGAAAUUUCAAAGGUAGUUAGGCUUUUGUUUUGUUUGUUAUCAUGCUCUCGUACUUAGUCUCUAAUUUGAUAAGCCAGUUCAAGAUGACUUAAAUCUUGCUCAUUGGUAGUGUUUUUUAUCUUGCUUUGACGCUUUCAGGCUUCGAUUAUGGUUAGUCAUUGUCUUCUAUUUUAUAAUUCCUCUCUUGAUUAGGUGAGACUAGCGCUGGAAAAAGCAGUGUCAUUAAUCUCAUCUUGGGAGAAGACCUUCUUCCCUCUAAAACAUUGAGUACCACGUCCACAAUUUGCGAGCUGAAAUAUGGAGAAAAGCCGAUGGUUGGUGUACACUACAAGCCUACUGGAACAAAAAUUCCUGAACCAGCAUUCCACGAGUUGAAUGAUGGAAGGAAAACCUUCAAAGAACAAAUAGAAAAGUUUGUGUAUGCCAAAGAAGAUCGAGAGAAAGCACCUUACGAGAAAAUUGAACUGUUUUUUCCGCACCCUUUGUUUAAGGUACUAACGAAGUUGAUAGACUAAGCAAAAAAGUCAUGACAAAAUUUCGGUAUUAAAAAAUUCAGGACCAAAAAGUAAACCUCUGCAGGUAGCUGUAUGGAAUUAACUAUAAAGUUAGAUUAUGGAGAUUGAAAUUGCUUAUUUCUGCAAAAAAAUUAGCGGUGUGUGAGGUGAAAGUAAUUCCAGUGAAACGGACUAAUGAAUGCUUGUUCCAAAUUCCAUGGCUUUUUCGGUUACUAUGCAUGAAGAUAAAGGUGCGAGAAUCUUAGUAAGGUAGUGGCUUACCAUGACGAAAUUUUGAAAAAAAAAACUUUUGAGAAAUGCUGUUCAUGUUAAAUAAUAUUUCAAUGAACUCAUCUACAAUAAUAACCCAUAUAAAAAAUUAUAGGGCAGCGAAUCUUAUUACAGAUUAAUGUUUCAAUUUCAGGAAAAUGUAAUGAUCGUUGACAGCCCUGGUGUAGGAGAAAGCGAUGUCAUGAGUAGUUUUGUUCUCAACUACCUGCCGCGGGCCUUUUGUUUCAUGUACGUUCUCUGUACGUCCAAUGCUGGAGGAAUUCAGCCCGACAGGGUAAGGACAACGAACACUGGGUAUUACAAACCUGAUCAAAACUAUAACAAAAUACUCGAACGUGAUUGGUUAUCACCAGCCCGAUUUGAGCACUAAAUUUAGGAAAGUGUCCGCCUCACGCUUGUAAUUGGACAGUGUAAUAGGACAGUUAAAGGUACAGUUAACACGUCAUGCCAAUAUAACUGGACAGAAGAGGGCGCCAGUUUAACUUUUGUUUUUUUAUGAAAACAGAUAACCGACGUCUAGUUUCUUUCUCAAAUUUUGUCAUGGUUUUGAUUAAUUACAGAAAGGUUUUCGUGUCGUCCAAUUCUGUCUGUAAUCAUACUCGUCAUUAAAAAUAGCACUCCCGCUUCGCGGUCGUCAGAUUUUUUAAGAACUCAUAUGACUACAGACCGAAAUUGGACUCCACUGGGUCCAUUACCAUUCAUAAUCAGUUUAGAAGAGGUCCAUUAAAAGUGGGCCUCACAUCCACAGGAGAAUGAUAUCUAAGAAUGAUGCCAAAGUACUGUUUCAUUAUUGCUUUCUGUAAUUUCUUAAAAAUAGAAGUUGUCCUAAAUCUCAGUUUCAGCUUUGAGCACUGUUUAAAAAUGUCAGAGAGAUAAUAGAAAUGGUCUUCACCAUGCUCAUUUGUAUGGUGAGAUGCUUCUUUCCCACUUGAUUAUACUUAUGUAGACCCAACGCUGGACCAACACAUUACAGAGGUUCUAUAUUUUAUCAACUCUUUAAUAUCACACAUAGUCAACAUCAAUUUAAAUUAUCGAAGAGAAGAUAUUUAGCGUGGAAUUGCACUUGUGCAUUAAGGGAUAUUGCUGACGAGGGUCGCGAACAAAAAUUGUUGCCUUCUUGAAAACAAAACUGCAACUCGUGCUACGAAAAAUAUCACGUUGUAAAAGAACAAAUUUACAGAAAAUGAAUGUCUGCCAAAUUUUGAAUUAAAAUUAAAAUUUUUAGGUUGGUCACCUUUUGAAGAGCCAAAAACGAACAAACGCGUUCUUCAAAGUGAGCCAGAGUUCUUCCCUAUCUUGAAAUGAACUAAAAAUUCUUGGAUAGGCAUAAAAAAACCUCUUUCGCUCGCCACAACGAGAAAGCAAGAAAAUCCUGUGAACACGGCCUAGAAAAUGGCAAGCAAUAGUUCAACCGAGCGAGACGAAGAAGCGACAACGGAAGAAGGGCCAAGGUCGAUUGUCAUAUAUAUAGUAGAAGAACUAAAUACUUUUAAUAGCGAUGUUAAAUGUUCAAUGCUUUCGCUUGGAUACUUCAUUUCUUUCAGUUUUGCCAGCAAAGAUGUAAAAGGUGUAAAUCAUUUUCCUUCUCGAGCAAAUGAUUUGGAAAUUUGAAAAAAGAUGUUAGAGAUAAACGGCAUGUAAAUUCAGUGAAAUACCACUAUAAUUCUUAAGAUCGCGUGAAGCUUGUUUGAAAUUUUUGAAAACAAAUGUAAAAACAAGCACAAGGUACAAAUAAAGUUAUCAAACUUCGAUAACUUUAUAAUAACUUGAUAAUAAGAUUCAAACGUGUACGACUGACCUUGUUCCUAUCCGCUAACACGCUGACAGUUCUGACAGUUGACUUUGAAAUGGCUUUCUGGGGCGUGCGCUCAGGAUAAAAAAAAACAAUAGAUUACUGUUUUCUUUUUUUUCUUAUUUUUAUUCAAUCGUGCGAUAUCGGUUUUUAGCAGUGAAUUUUUCUAUAAUAUCCCAUUAGUAAUUGGCUCUAUAUUUGCGAGCGCAGGAUAGUUGAAACAUUUCGUGUCAGACCAUAUUUGCCACGCAUAGGUGUAAGAACUAAUUAACUAAGAGUUGAAUAUGAAGUUUGUCAUGCUGUAUCAAUAUUCUUAGGUCUUAUUUGAUUUUUCUUUUGUCUUUUAAGUUGGGAAAGCUACUCAUGUGUGCUCAAAAUCUGAGGAAAAACGCCAACUUGGAUUUGUCACUUUCAGCUGCCUGUACGUUGUUUGUCUGCAACAAAUGGGAUUUGGUUGAGAACAAUGAACGCGAAGAGGUGAAAAGGGAUACGGUCGAAAAGCUUACAAGAAUACUUGGUAACCUGGAUCCGAAAUCGCAGAUUGUCUAUUUGUCAUGCAAAACCGCGCAGUUAGCUCAGACCUAUGGGGUAGUGACAGAGGAUUUCAGUAACCUAAUAACAGGGAUUAGUAAUCUCUUAGUUUCGUCCAUGAAGAAUAGUCUGCAGAUGAAUGCUAGGUAGGUAGACUUCUGAAUAAUUCUAAGUUGAGGCCUUGAAUAUUUAUAUUGUAUCAAAUACCCAACAAAGACAAAGCUCGAUUAUAAAGUAGAGUUAGAAUAAAUAUGUCAUUAAGGAGACAUCAAUUAACUUUGUUCGUUUGUCGGACGAUAGAGUCACUUAUGAUGGAGAUGGCGACGUUUCGGCUGCAAUACUGCUUGUCUUGCGAGAACAUGACAGAGACAUACGGUUUGCUCGUGCUCAGACCUCUCGCGGUUUCGGAGCGCGCUAACGAAACGGGGUAUAUUCCUAUUUGGAGUUAGGUUAAGUUUAUUGAUCGUGACCCCACUGGUACACACGUAGGGUCAAAGAGGCUAUCCGUAUAAUACUUCAUCCCAACAACAUCAAUAGGGAUAGCGGAAUCGACCUUCCCGAAGUUUGGAUACCCACGAUCAAACAACACAACAGCCGAUUUAUGAGAACCUAUAAAGGAACACCAUUUAACAACUGGAAUAAUAAUGAGGAUCGAAAUGCACUAAUAGCAGCGUACCAACGUGCUACAAAUAGCGUCACGUAAGCAAUCGACCUCAUCGCCUGAUGGAGAUUAGUAGUAUUGCAGUCGAAACGUCGCGAUCUACGUCGUAAGUGACUCUAUCGUAAGACAAGCGAACAAAGUCCAUGUCAUAUGCAUUGGUAUGGUUAUUUUAAUUGUCUAGCAGUUGUAAUUAUGACAUCAAACAAUUUUUUAUAUGCUUAUUCAUCAGAUGGCUAGAGGAUCUCCUCGAUCGCAUGUCUCGUCAAGUCCGCAUAAAACUGAAGUCAGCAAAAAUGUCUCAUCAGAAAACAGAGGAAAAAAUCAAGAGAUUGUUAAGCCGCAUGGAAGAGCUGCAGAAUUCUCAGAAACGUAUAUUUGAUGAACUUAGCGAGCAUCAGUCGAAAAUAUUUGAAGACAUCCUCAAGAAACUAGCUUUGCACUUUAAUUCGGAGGGAACUUUUUCGCGUUUUUGCAACUGGUCUAAAGAUGAAGUACCCAAACCCCUUGGAACAUGGCAGGAUACAAAGAAUGAGGUGUUAAAGUACAUCUCAGAGAGAACACAUCAAUUUGUCCAGCGAUGGGAAAACGAAGAGAACGAAUUCGACAGAGCUCGAGUGUCAUUGAUCCAACAUUGUUGCAAAAAGUAUGAUAUAAUGGAGGAAGAAAUGCGCGAAGUAGCGGAAGAUUUUUUUUUCGUCGACGAGGCGGAGGGUGACCUUCCACAGGACGAGGGUGAAGAAAAUUUGAAACGAUCUAAAGUACGAGGAAGAUUGAAAACGAUUACUGCUCCGCCAUGGCUUCGGCAAGGAUUGGCACCAGUGGUGGUAGGGUCUCCACUUAGCAUGCUCAGAACCAAACUUAAAAAGAAGCUCCACCACAAAACCAAACUGGAAAGGUUCCGCGAUGAUCCAUGUGCCUACAUGUCGAAGCGAUCACGGAAAUGUCUCAAAGUUAUUUCUACUCAAGACCGCUUGCUUCCGUUCAUCAACGAACAACUGGAAGACGCCGUACUGUACCUGGGACAGAUCAAGAAGAAGAUUCCAAAGCUGAGGGAAGGUGACGAGCUGAUCUAUCAACAGCUACUUGAAGACAAGAGAGGCAAUACUGAGAUUCGGAGGAUCUACGAGCCUUUAAACGACGAGCUGGAAUCUCUGAGACGGGGUUUAACUGUAUACUCUCUGCGAGAGAUCAGGCAGUCGGAUUUUGCAAGAGAAGAGUUAGAAUGCGAUUUCGGAAAUCCUGUCAUUGGACGAGGCAGCUUCUCGAUAGUGUUCAAAGGCGUUCUUCGUCGCAAAGAAUCGCCAGAGAUUAUCGUGGCCAUCAAGAAGUACAUUGACCCGCUUACCAGUAAAAACGUGUGGCAUUUCGUAGACGAGGAACAUGCUUUAAGGUACGUGUAUCAAAAGACCAUUUUCUCUCAUGCAGUUGUGUUCAUUUCACAGUACAACUGUCGUGCGUGGUGUCCUAUACCAGAUUUUGCAUAGUGUCUAGAGCUGGAAAUGCUAUAGCUUGCUACACAUGCGAUUGAAAAACGAUUGUGUCCCUGCUGCCUAUAAGUUUAAUAGCAAUGAGCCUCUUAUCUUUGUCUUAGAAAACUACGCCAUCCAAACAUUGUGGGUUUCUAUGGAACCAAUUUGCACCACAGCCCCAAAGGUACUGAAGUGAUGAUCGUCCUCGAGCUUUGCAGUUGCUCUCUCAGAGAUCGCGUACUUGCCCAUCCCGAGGAUUCACCCGCUCGAUCGUCGAACGACUCAGUCAAGAAAAAGGUCUUAUCCUGGGUACAACAUAUCCUAGAGGCCUUGCAUUACAUCCACUCAGAAGGAUUUGUUCACCGAGAUUUAAAGCUGGAAAAUCUGCUGGUAAAUGUGUACUGAGUGAACUUUGAUUUCCCAGUUAAGGUGUCAGUUAACUGUUUUUACCGACAUGUAUAGGGCUAUUUCCUUUCCUCAGUAAAACAUAGCCUUUUUGCCCCCCCCCCCACCAUUUUUUCGAAAAUAUUGUAGUCGUGCUCUUUACUGGUUUUUUUUUGGGGGAGAGGCAAUUUUGGUUUCUAGUGGCUGGAAAUGAUGUCUUGGUGAUGGAAAUUGAGUGCUUUUCAUUAAGGAAAUCAGCCACCCGUUUUCCUACAAUUUUGCGUGGGAUCUCAUGCAGAAGAUUGCAUGCCAUGUAAACAAAAUUCAUUGGUCGACCUUUGUCGCGGCACCUGGUGUUCAUUACCAUGAAACAUGAUCUUGCAAUCAACGAAAAAAGCACCAACGUGACAUUAAGUCAUUUAUUGUUUCCCUGGUUCAUUACGAUUCUUUGUGACUGAGUUUCAUAUUUCAUUAUAGCUGACACAAGGCGAGCAAGUGAAACUUGCAGAUGUAGGAGUCGCUAAACAUGAAAAAGAAAUAACAGGUACAACAGUCGGCACCUAUCUGUACCUGGCCCCUGAAGUGUGUGAGGGUCGAAUUUACAACAGCAAAGCUGACAUGUAUAGUUUUGGCUUCCUACUUUGGGAAAUAUGGUAUGGUGAGACAGCUUUUCAAACGGCGAUGACAACCUGCGGAUUGCACCAGCUCGAAAAGGUGAGACAGGGCUGUCGACCUACUCACAUCAAAGGCACAAAUCAUCCAUAUGAAAUAUGGCAACAUGUCAUGACAACUUGCUGGAAUGAAAAUCCACUUGCCAGGCUGACAGCAAGAAAAGCACUGGAACGUUUCAAAGAGUUACACGAGGCUAAGAUUCAACCCAAACUGAAACCAGUACCGCUACCGAGGACACGUUCGCUUGGGCCAUUUUCUCCUCCAGCAUCGCCUACGCCAGCUAGAAGACCAAAUAAGAAAGGUGGAGCGUCUGUUUCUUACCGAAAAAAAGCAGAGGCGGAGAGCGUUCACUUUGAAUUAAAAGAAAAGAAGUAACGUGGAGCGGACUGAAAAGAACAAUCGCUUUAUAUCUUAGUAUUCGUUCGACUGUAAUUAAUUUAGGAGGAGGAGGUCACUGAAAUUGGAGAUGUAACCAAAUUUUACUCAAAGCUCCUAAUGAGCUCCAGUGCAUACUAAUCAUUUUUUUAAUAGCAGUUCGUGGACGGCGUGGAUUACAAAUAGUUCUCAAAGGUAUAUGUUAUUUCUAACUCGGCAACUGUCUCUUUGAAUCAAUUGAGGAGAAGCUAUACAAAUUUUUUUACUCCACUAUGACGUCAUUUUUCCUUUUUAGGGCAUCGGAACGUGUAAUAUGUCAAUAGAUUACUCUGUAAAUCAGGGUCAAAAAUACGGUCAGAGAGCGGAGCAAAAAAGUGGCUUCAGCAAACGAUCCAAACUUCGAUUUUUUCCUCCGUGGUUUUAGGCUUUUCUUCUUGGGAAAAUAACUUUUUAGCGCAGUAGAUGUUAUAUGACUGUGAAUCUAUUAAACUAAUAAGGUACCUGCAAACUAUGUGAACUAUAUGAACUGUGAAAUGCAAAGAUCGCUUUCAUGUUUACAGAUGUUAUUGUUGGUCAUGGUUUCGUUUGUGUCGUUUCCAUCUUUCACUCAUGCCUUCGGGGCUCGGAAAAAAUACAACGCAACUCACAAAAUAUCCGCACGGAAGCAUAUUUUUAAUGAUAAAAUAAGGUGUAUUAUCCCAAAGUAAAUCAAGUUAGUCUAACUUGCCAUCAUGGAUCAGUGCAACGUCUUUGACUGUACAAAGAAUGAAUUACAAACGUAUUAUAUCUAAGAAUUAGUCCGUAUACUUCAAUACGACUGAAAUUCAGUGCUGUUAGGGCGAAAGGGCGUCAAAGCCGAUGCAGCAAGGAACCCCUGUAACUAGAUUUCGUAAGGAGUCUUGAAAUAAAGUUCACAAUUCAAUGUAUCUACUAAAACCUCGGUCUUUAAUUUUAGUCACUCGGCUAGGAACAAGAGUAUUGAGAGACGAACUCGCUAUUUUAAAGAAGCUUUGUUGGUUUGAAGCAGGAUUAACUUGUAUUAUUGAGCGACGUUCACGCUCCAACUUUAUCAUCACAUUAAGCAGCUAGAGCGAACAAUAAGUUGCUGAAAUCCGGUAGUAAAACUCUAAAACUAACAAUGAUGAUUUAUGUUCAUCCGAACAGAAAAAUCUCUUCUUCCUCCUGCAUCCUGCAUUGUCAAUGAUUUCCUAUUACUCAUGAAGUGAUUCAGUUUCUGCUUUAGGAGCAGUCACGGGCGCGGUAAGGGUUUCAAAACUACCUACACAUAUUGAGUCGACAAAACAGAACGCGUUGAAGUACUCUAAGUUUCCUCAUAACUAUACUUGAUAUGAGGUUAUGGUUAAAAAAGUAAACCUUACAGAAACAUCGCUUCCUGCAUCAUCAGUAUUUUAAAAGAGGCGAUAAUUGUGAUAAGGGUGCUGCCUCUUAAGGGUCUAAUUUCUGAGAUUAUAGUCCGGUCGCAAACAUCGCUGAGUAUAAAUGUUCUUGGUGUGGAAGAGAGGGAGAAUUUCGCUAGUGACUGUUAAUUACUAUCUAAACUCGUUGAGUUGGGAAACGA